GCCCACGACUACAGCAGCAGCCUCUUCCACCCCGGCAGUUUCCUGGGGGGCCCCGCGUCCAGCUUCACCCCCAAGCCGCGAAGCAAGGCCAGGUCCUGCUCGGAAGGCAGAGAGUGUGUGAACUGUGGAGCAACUGCUACCCCUCUCUGGAGAAGAGACGGCACCGGGCAUUACCUGUGUAACGCCUGCGGGCUCUACCACAAAAUGAACGGUCAAAACCGACCUCUCAUUAAACCUAAACGAAGGCUGUCAGCGGCCAGGAGAGCAGGGACUUGUUGUGCCAACUGUCAGACAACCACCACGACCUUAUGGCGACGUAAUGCAAACGGGGACCCAGUUUGUAAUGCCUGUGGACUCUACUAUAAAUUGCACAAUGUGAACAGGCCUCUGACCAUGAAAAAGGAAGGAAUUCAGACCAGGAAUAGGAAAAUGUCCAACAAAUCAAAGAAAAGCAAGAAAGGCUCCGAGUGUUUUGAGGAACUGUCCAAGUGCAUGCAGGAGAAAUCGUCUCCCUUCAGCGCUGCGGCCCUUGCUAGUCACAUGGCACCCAUGGGGCAUUUGCCACCUUUCAGCCACUCUGGACACAUCCUACCCACACCUACCCCCAUCCACCCAUCUUCCAGCAUCUCAUUUGGACAUCCACACCCAUCCAGCAUGGUUACAGCCAUGGGAUAAAACGCAAUCACCAAGAGACCCAGCCAGAGAUUAAGAACAUGGGGCUUUGCCUAAGACAACACCAAGUAAGAAAAUGUUCUGCCAAGAGGAGAAUGUAGGGAUGGCAAAGGGGAUCUUUGCUCCCAUGUGGUUUCACUCUUAAUGCUGGACUAAAACCUUGCAAAUGAUGGGUCUUCUGCAGAAACGUGUAGUGGUGCCUGUAAUGCACUUUGCCCCCUCAGGUAUAAGGAAAAAGAACUCACCUGUUCGAUACUUAAUGGCCCAGCAGGAAGCAAAAGGUGGCAGAAGCUGAAGGAAAAGGCUUGGAACUGGCUUUCCUUUCUCUCUUUGUUAUUACUGUGAAUAUUGUAAAGAGAUAUAAGCAGCCUCCCAGGAUGAAAUCGGCUCACUGGAAGCCAGACAUGCUGGAUUUCUAUUGUGGACUUUGUUUGGGAUGGGAAAAAUAAAGAAAAAAGAAAAAAAAAAGGACAUCUUUAUAAAAAUGUAAUUUUUAAAAUGAAAUCAGACACAAAGUCAUAUUUAUUUUACUCUUGUUUUCCA